AUGUCUCGUCACAAGCACCAUCAGUCCUGUCGGGAGCUCCAUGUUGUUGUGCUAGGAGCCGGAGGUGUCGGCAAGAGCUGUUUGACUGCUCAAUUUGUACAUAAUGAGUGGAUUGAAAGCUACGACCCAACAAUCGAAGACACGUACCGAACUCAACUGCAAGUUGAUGGAAGACAGGUUGUCCUGGAAAUUCUCGACACCGCCGGCACAGAACAGUUUGUCGCCAUGCGGGAUCUGUACAUGAAAUCAGGCCAAGGAUUUAUCCUGGUCUUUAGCAUCACCUCGGGCUCAUCCAUGAACGAGAUUGAGAUGUUACGAGAAGAAAUCACUCGAAUAAAAGACGAUGAAAACGUACCCAUCGUUAUCGUCGGAAAUAAGGCCGAUCUCGAGGAGCAGCGUGCUGUGCCCCGCCAAAGGGCCUUCGCCUGCUCCCAGAUGUGGGAUGCGCCGUAUUAUGAGACGAGUGCCAGGACGAGAACGAAUGUCGAUGCUGUAUUCAUCGACAUUUGCCGUCAACUACUUCUUAAGGACGAGCGGUUUAGAGACGCCGAUGGCAGGGACAACUACGGCCGCGAUGACGACAAUGACACGGGCAUCAUGGGUCUCGCGAAACGCAAGCGGAGGCGAAGGACGACGACCAGAUGGCCAUCGAUGCAAUAUCCUAUGAGAGACAAUCUCCAUGCAAGUCUUCGUGCGCGAGGGGCUUGA